UUAAAUCCUGUGUGUCGUCUUCCGGUGUGUGUCAGUUGAUAUUUCACCAGUUUUUGCAACCUGUUUUACACAACAGGGACAAUGGGCUGAACAUAACCUGAAUGUGACGACCUUCUGUGCGCGAGCUUCACCUUACCGACUUGUUUCCGGUUUGAACGUUCACCUUCAUUAACAAACUGCAAACUAUUUUGUUGUAUAUCAUCAUUUCGGUGGUGUUUCACACUCGCUGCCUGAGGUCCUGCGCUUUCUGUUUCUCUUUCCUCAGAAUUCUUCGGUAGGAAUUUCCUCCAGUCUCCGGUGUGAAUCUCACACACAGGUGAACGCACCCUAGCGGUGUAUGGUUUUGCGUCAUAGUUGUAUCUGGUUCUGUGUUGUAUGUCCAGAAAGUGAAAUUUCGACUCGUAUAACUUUCCUUACAUUGCACAUCUCACUUUUUGCCUAUAAAUACUAAGUAUUAACAGUGCACAAGAUGGUAAUAGUAAAGUGGAGAGCACUUCACACUCUGAUUAGGAGUAACAGUCUGCUGUACAGGAAAGUAGAGUGUGUAAACUGGGAAUACAAUGUUUCUACGUUUGGUGCACCUUUGUGUCAUUUUGACUCUGUGCAGUGUGAGCUCUGGCUUCAGCUGCCGAUGGAUCAAUCUUAGAUUCAAGCAGCACCAUGCGACAUGUUUAGCACUGCUUAGAGAAAUGGGAGAGGAAAUCAGCGUCAAUGCCUCCAUCCCGGAUAACUGGCAUCAUUGGUUCUUUAACCAAAGCUAUUCUCAGCCAGAGAAACAGAUCUGGUUCAUCGUUCAGACUCUGGAUGAGGUCUCUCGUUUAUUGGAAGAUUCAGACUCUGUCUCCUGGAACAAGGACAAGCUGGAAACUUUCUUACAUAUGCUGGAUCUGCAGGCCAACGGACUAAGCUCAUGUCUUGAGCACAAAAUGAAAAAGAACAAAAGAUUGCCCUUAUACUUCAAACAACUAAGAGAUCUCACCAAGAACGACAAGCAGGAGAAGAACGAGGCAUGGGAGUGGAUCAGAAAAGAGCUGCUUCAACUCUUCGGGCUGUUGGACUUUUUCCCUGCUGUCUCUGUGAAUCGUGCUGAAAAUGACAACUAAUAAUCAGUUGAAAUCUUGCAGUGGUGACCAGUAGAUUGUGAGUUCAAAUCGCAGAACCACCAUAGAAAAGCUGUUGGCUGUUGUGAAAGACUCUUAAAGACUUCAAGUUAUAUUAAUUAUUCAGUUUUGCUCUAUUCAUAGUAUGCAAAAUUAGCAGUGUAUUUCUGUUUCAUCCCACAUUUUCAACUGUUACAUGAUGUUUACUCAUGGUAUUUAUUUAAUUUUAAUGAAAUCUGUUAUUUAAAAAUGUAUCUGUCUGUUAAAUGAUAAAACUGUGAUUAUGGCUUAACUUUUUUGGGAUUUAUAUUUUUUAAAAGUAUGUAUGUAUUGUAUGUAUGUAUGUAUGUUUUUAUUUAUUAUUUGUUUUUAUAUUAUGUAUGUCGUUAUUCAUGCAUUAUGCAGCUGGACUGUGAAAAUUUUUGAAAUUUUUGAAGAU